CACGAGGACAGUUCUGUCCCUUUGUUUAUGUUCCACUCUAGGAAGUAAAUCUGAGAUGGUCCGUGAGGAGUUGUCUGUCCGUCUGAACGACAGGGAGUACAAAAGCUGGCUGAAAGCCGGACGGUGUCUGCUCAUACUGAAGGAUGCCCUCCAUCCAUACACCGACCACCACAUGAGGGCUUUCCACGAAGACCUGCUCAAUCAAAAUCCUCGGUUGCGGAAUCCCUGCGAGACAUCUUUAUGUAAACCAAGAGGGAAUAAGCCUCUGUGCAGGGUGUGUUCAGAGUGGCAGAAAGUCAUCCGGGUGAACCACAGACAGCCCGAUGCCACCAUAAACUGGGCCAACUGUUUCCCUCCUCACUGGGCCACAGACCACUGGGAACUGGCCAAGGCCUACAUGCCACGGGGUCAGGCUAAAGUCAGGAGGGCAGAUCAGUGUGAUGCAUCUGCUCUGCUCAACCUGAUCAACUACUGUAAAUGUUUCUGUUCUGUGGAUCAAAAGGUGGUGAGGCAGGUCAUCCAGUACAGGAAUGAGCUGAUGCACUCUUGUGAGUUCCGUGUGAAGGAUGAAUGGAUGAUGCAAUACUGGACCACUCUGAAACUCUUUAUGCAGCAGUUCAGCCACGUACCACAGAUGGCAACAGUUGGAGACCAAAUAAAAGAUAUGCUGACUGUUGAUCUGUCAAUAUGCAUCUUCGGCAUGGACCAAACGGAUUCUGCUGGCUUGUUGCCUGGAUUAGAUUCUGACUCGGUCAGCCAGUCGGAGACGAGCGCUGAGCUAGUCAGUCAAUGGGAAACUGAGCUGCUGAAGGAGAUGUUGCAGGAGUGUCUGCAUGCUUCUGAGGAGGAUGAGGAGGAUGAUGCAAAGUCACAGGACAUGGAGCAGUUGAAGAGGCUGGGGAUCUUCCUGCAGACCAACAAAGAUCUGGGGGAGAGGUUUUCAACACAGCUGCAAGCAAUCAACUCGCUGGAGGCAAGAGAAUGAGAAGAAAGGGAAAUGAGAGUGACAGAUAUCCAUUUUCUAAAUGUAGAUAUGAUUCAAAAUGUUUCAUGGGCUAAUUUAAGUUUAAGAGUAAUCAGUUUCAGUUUAAAAAGUGGAAACACUUAAAGUUAUAAACUAUUACAUUUGCUCUAAUAAAUUUUAGCUCAAAUUAAAUCUCGGGAUCAAUUUUUGAAAAUUGAUGACGGUUAAAAGAGUGCUACGUGUGGGACAAAGCAAAUAGUAUUUCUGUUUUGGGUUAUAAUAAAGCUUCAGAAAAUCA